AUGGAAGCUCACUUGUUGUGCUGUGAGGGGGACAGGCCUGCCAUUCGAAGGGCCCACCGGGACUACAACCUUUUGACUGACCGGGUCCUGCACGCUUUGUUGCGGGCAGAGGACAGGUACCUCCCCGCUGCCAACUACUUCAAAUGCGUCCAGAGAGAAAUCUCUCCGUACAUGAGGAGGAUAGUGUCUACCUGGAUGUUAGAGGUGUGUGAGGAGCAGAAGUGUGAGGAGGAGGUCUUUCCUCUGGCUAUGAACUACGUAGACCGCUUCCUGUCUGUGGAACCCACCAAGAAAAACCACCUGCAGCUGUUGGGAGCUACCUGUAUGUUCCUGGCAUCCAAGCUGAAGGAGACCAUACCACUCACUGCUGAGAAACUCUGCAUCUACACAGAUAACUCCAUCACCCUCACUCAGUUGCUGCAAAUGGAGCUGAUGGUAUUGAACAAGCUCAAGUGGGACCUGGCUUCAGUGACCCCUCUGGACUUCUUUGACCACUUUCUGUCUCAGCUGCCUGUGAGAAGGGAGAACAGACCCUUACUCAGGAAGCACGCUCAGACUUUUGUGGCGCUGUGUGCCACAGAUGUCAAAUUCAUAGCCAGCCCUCCGUCCAUGGUGGCAGCAGGCAGCCUGGUGGCAGCAGUGGAGGGCUUACAGAUGAGAAUAGCGGGCAACGCCAUGAUGUCUCAGAAACUGACAGAGCAGCUGGCACAGACCAUCAGGAGUGACCCGGACUGUCUGAGAGCAUGUCAGGAACAAAUUGAAUCACUGCUGGAAACCAGUCUCAGACAGGCACAACAACAGCAACACUCAGUAACCAUGGAAACUAAGAACGUCGGCGAGGGGCAGGACCUCUCAACUACACCCACAGAUGUACGGGACGUCAAUAUCUGA